UGACAAAAAUGCCAAAAAAGAUGACAAAAAUGCCAAAAAAGAUGACAAAAAGCCAAAAGAUGAAAAGAAAGCCAAAAAAGAUGACAAAAAAGCCAAAAAAGAUGACAAAAAACCAAAAGAAGAUGACAAGAAAGUCAAAGAAGAGGACAGCAAAAAGAAAUACAAAAGUGAUGAAAAGAAAAUGAAAAAAGGGGAAACUAAAAAUAAAAAGAGGGUGUCAGAAGAAAAAUCAAAGAAAACAAAGGAGAAAUCAUCUGAUAAAUCUAAGAAAGAAAAAAGCAAGUCCCCCGAGAGAUCCCGCAAAGACAAAUUCAAUAAAGAAAAAUCUAAAUCUGAAGGACAAAAAUCAAAGUCAGAAAAAUCUAAAUCAGAAAAGUCUAAAUCUAAGAGCAAGUCUAAAUCCAAAUCCAGUGAGAGGAAAUCUCCCAAGUCUAAAUCAGGGAAAAAGUCGAAAUCACCUGACUCUAAAUCUAGAAGUAAAUCCAGAUCAUCUAAAUCCAAAAAAAGCACGUCCACAGGAAGGAAAAGUAAAUCAAAAUCACCAAAAUCAAAAUCCAAGUCAAAGUCACCAAAACGUAAAUCAAAAAGGUAA